AUGGAAAUACGACGAGCCACUAGACUUACAAAGGACGACGUUUCGGGCAGAGAUUUCUCCUUUGAGAUAUCUGCCGAAGUGGCCAAACCCUACGAAGCCCUUGCCCUGGGCGCAGAGAUUACCACUAAUCCGAUUGCCAUUGCAAAAAAGGAUUUCGGAUUUGACGAGUCCGAGUUUGAGAAUACCAAAGAGCCCGAUGGUGUUCUCUUCGCUGUAGUCGAGGAUGAAAGAGUUUACGGAUACGUACAUGCAGCAAAGUGUUGGAACAACAUGGUCGAGGUUCGCUUUAUCGUGCUGGAUGUGAGCAUACGAGGACAUGGUUACGGUAGAAAGCUGCUUGAUAAAGUGGUCGAGUGGGCUCGCCAGCUGGGAGUUGCUGGUAUUCGGCUGGAAUCACAAUCGAACAACGUUGCCGCAUGCUAUUUCUAUAGGCAAUACGGAUUCAAGUUUGGAGGCUAUGAUGAGUAUUUGUACAAAGGGAUCACGCAGAAUAAGGAUGAGACAGCGUUCUUUUGGUACUACAUGUUGGAGUAA